GUAUUUGCUAAGCGUCUUGCGUGUGGUAACUAUGGCUACCAGCCUCCAAAUAGUCCGUUAGCUUUGUUUAUAGCUCUCCUGCUAACUUAUUUCAGCGUCCGGCGAAUUCACCUUUUUUAUUAUUAUUUUUUUGUUUUCUUUUUAACAAACGUUAUGUGACUGAUAUUUUAUCAACGUGUUCUGACCAUUUUCUCCCCACAAACGAGUGAGAAUGAGAAUCAGAAUCAGAUUAAGCUGACAGUUGACACACAAGGAAUCUGGUUCCAGCUGUUUGUGACUCUCAAAAAUAUGAGGCGGGGAAUAUAAUUAUGGUGAGUUGUUAAUCAGGGUGAUUAACAACACGAGUUCCAGAUACAUGAGUUCCAGAAGCUCUACAGAGAUGGGGGAUGUCUUGGCGAAUGAUCUCCUACUGAUGAUCAGAGAAUACCUGAAGUUCUGUGAGCUGGAGGAAACAGUGAAGAUCUUUGAGAAGGAAUGCAAGAGCAAAGGAAAACCUGUGCCAAAAAUCUGCAGCAGUUCAUCUGAAAAUUCCAAAGCAUUAACAAUACAGAACGAUCUGCUCUGCAUGUUUGAUGAUGGAAAGAUGAAGGUUUUCUUUGAGCUAUGGACAGAAAACCUGCCUGCACAUGUACGUGACAAUGACCCCACUGUACAGAAGCUGGAGUUCUACCUGCACAUUCACUUUUCCAUUUAUCCACUGAAGACCUCUGUAGGAAAGCAGGAUAAAGCCGAAUUCGAAGAGCGGAUCGGUCAUUUUAAACACUUCUUGGAGACGAGAGGAGCAGUGCUGAGCCAAACCACUGAGUUCCUGCCGUUUUACGCUCUGCCUUUUGUUCCCAAUCCUGUAACACAUCCGUCCUUCAAGGAGCUUUUCCAGGACUCCUGGACUGUAGAUUUAAGAAAAAAGCUUGAAACGGUGUUGGUCUCCUCCUUGAAAGCAUCAGCUACACCAAAGCUGCUCAUGCUACACAGAGAGAGCACAAAAAGCAACAGAGAACUGACGAAGCAGCUAGCUGAAGCAGAGAAACAGGUUUCAACAUACAUGAAGAAGUUCAGUAAGAUCCAGGCUGAUUAUCACAACCUCAUCAGUGUGACUGCUGAACUGGUGGACUCACUCGAGGCUACUGUGAAUGGGAAAAUGAUUUCCCCAGAGUAUCUACAGAGUGUGUGUGUACGCCUCUUCACUGGACACAUGAGCCAGAGUGUUGCUCAGAGCAUCGAUUUUACACGACCUGGAACAGGAUAUUACUCUAUGACUCCUUAUGAUGAUGGAUAUGCCUCGUCCAUGUUACGAGCCUCCAUUGCAGCCGAGAGGAGUAAAGACGUCCCAUUGCUGCCCUCGCUGGACUAUGACAAGCUGAAGAGGGAUCUGAUCAGUGGAUCGGACAGACUGAAAUCUCUGCUGCUGCAGGCCCUGCGCUGGAGGUUGACGCGCUCAGUACAGGGUGAGCAGAGAGACACGGUUCUACAGGCUUUCAUCAGCAACGACCUGUUAAACAUCUGCACCACCAAACAGAAAUCUGUGGUUCACCUCAUCAAAUCGAAGAAUGAUUCAGUGAGGCAAUACACAGCACGUCUCCUCAACACCUUUGCAUCUUUGUCUGAGGGUCGAGAGUAUCUGUCACAGUGUCCCUUUCUGCUGAAGCUGUUAGUUGAAUGUUUGCAGUCGGAGGAGAAGGACUCCGUGACUGAAGAGAAAGUGUUGGGAGCGCUGCAAAAACUUAGCCUCAGGCGGGUCCAUCAAUCAGCUCUUAUCAGACUGGGUCUUAUAGCCUGGUUGAUUAAUGAGCUACAGGACGCAGACUCUUUAUCAGAUUACACAGUGGAGUAUGCUGUAUUUCUGCUGAUGACCCUCUGUCUGCGAACUCAGGGAAAAAAAAAAUGCACAGAAAAGGCCAAACACGUUCUGAAGGUGUUGUCUGACCUUUUGGGACACGAAAACCAUGAGAUCCGGUACUAUGUAAAUGGAGCUUUAUACGGCAUCCUGAGUGUCCCAACAUUACGACAAGAGGCCAAAGAAAUGAGUUUGGAGGAAAUCCUGCGCUGUUGCAUGAAAGAGCAAAAUCCUGAACUGAACAGACAGAUGGAGUUCAUCAUCAAACAGCUCAACUCAGAGGACACACCAAAAGAGGAGCUGGAAUCAGGGGAUGAAGGGGAGGAUGAAGAAGAUGAGCAGGAUGUGGUGGAGCCGGAUCUGGAUAAAGAGGAAGAUCUCGAGCCCCAGCCUAAAGAGCUCACUGGAGAACACUUACUGACUGCAGAGUAUCUGGGAAUUAUGACCAACAUGGCAAAGGUGAAGAGAUGGAGUGUGCGUGCCUCUCAGAGCACAGACGAGCUUCUCAUGAGACCCAUUACAACCAACUCACACAGAAACUCUGUGGCUGCCCCUGACAGACUCGACUCCAACUACUUCAACUCUCGCCCCAGUACCAGCGACUCCAUCCGCCGUACACUAGAUUCUGUCUGGCGCUCAUCUCAGGAAUCAUUAGGAUCGGAGGUGACCACUCAACCACACAGUGAUGUCACCAGCAGCUUAACUGGUCAGCCAACAACCCCGCGCUCAACUGGCGCUGACAUGGGGGGCGGGGCCCUGUCCAAACUCCGCCCACUCGGCCCACAUUUCUCCCACAGUGAACCACAACAGAGCGUCAUCAAACCAAACAGCUCUACACACACAUCAUAUAGUGAGACAACUCACACAUCACACAGUGCGCAGUCUAACAGGAAGUGAAGAGAAAUUCUGUUGACGGACCUGCAGCUUCCUGUAACAUCAUUCCUCCUCCUUAUCAGGCCAAGAUGAAUGAGUGCAGGAGGAACAAAGCUUGUGUUUGUGGACUGCGUACUGUUUCAGGCCGACUGAGCCCCUGUGUAACCCAACACCACAAUAACACCUUUAUUAUCAGGGCCAUAGUCUCCGCCCCUUCACCUUCACUGUGCUCACUCAUCACACUACAGUUUCACGUCACCUCAUCACGCGUCAUAUAAUAAUAGGACCUUUCUAACUAAUGUGCAACUUUUCAACAAGUUCAUUUAGAAUCUAAUGCUGUACUGUUUUUAAUUAUCUUAAAUGUUUUUUUUGUUUGUUUGUUUGUUUUGUUUGCAUUUGUUUGCCUCACAGUUAAUUUUUUUUAUUUUAUUUUAUCUUUAAUGUUUUUUUGUACUUUUUCUGACAUAAGAGUUUAGCUUCUACAGUAUGGAAUGUUUUCCUUUUAGAUCACAUUGUGCUGUUCAUCUUGGUCAAGAUUUUCUGUGGAUGUUUGAACUCUUUUUAAAAUUGAAAACGUUUCUUUAGUAAAUCUUUAGUUUAUUCUUCGUUGCAGCAGUGUUUUAACAUUAAAUUCCAAUUUGAAUGACUUUAGUAGUUUAGUGAAUGAGUUCUGGGUUUGUUCCUGUUAAUUAAUGUAGUAAAUUAUUUAUUAGAAAUUUAACAGUGAAUUGACUUUCAGCGCUUCAGCUAUACAUUAAGUUGCUUUUUCAACAAAUGCUUUUAUUGAACCUUCAUUGUGUUUGUGUUAAAACUGACUAUAUGGUGUAUCAAUAUAUUUUUUGCUGGACGUUGUGAUAUGUUAUGAUUAUAUCUGUGUAAACUAGAUACGUUUACUGCACCUAAAUGGUCCGAGUACUUUUUGCUAAUUGAAGUUAUGGUUAAAAAAUAAAAUAAAAAAUAAAUAAAUAAAAA